AUGGAAGUCGUGCUGGGUCCCGGUGACCAAGCUCGAGAAGCCGGAGCGGAGGGGGCAGCCUCCGUCGCCUCGCUAAGGGGGCGGCGGAGGUCCCCCCAACAACACACGAGAACACGACCAUUCGGGGGAACGGGCGGCGAUAGCGCCAUAAUAAUGCAGGAGCUACGCCACAGGGUCCAGAACCUAGAACGACAGCUGGCUGACCGGGAGCGGGAUGGACGGUCUACCGAUCCCAGCUAUACCCCAUCUCCCGGGAGCGAGGAGGAAGACUCCCACCGGAGCCGCCCGCGGCGUACAUCCGCAUCCCGGACGGAAGCGGAGAGCACGCGGGAGGAGUCACCCAUACUGAGAAGACGAAAUGACACGAUCAUCUACUCCCGCGGCAGACCAACCCGCCGAACGGCAAGAAGUCGCGAUGACGGGGAAGGGAGAUCCGAGAGAACACGACAACCCGUGAUAAUAGGCGCCACCCCGUUCCAUCGAUCUAUCCUCGAGGUCCGGUUGCCGAAACACUUCGACAAACCAACAGACAUGAGGUACGACGGAACUCAAGACCCUCUAGAACACCUCACGGCCUUUGAGGCCAGGAUGAAUCUGGAGGGAGUGGGGGACGAAGUAAGAUGCCGCGCCUUUCCGGUAACCUUAGCAGGGCCAGCGAUCAGAUGGUUUAACGGCCUCCCACAAGGUUCCAUCCACAGUUUCUCGGACAUCAGCCGUGCAUUCCUGGCCCAAUUUACAAUGCGGAUAGCAAAGGCCAAGCACCCUAUCAACCUGCUAGGGGUAACCCAGAGACAGGGAGAGCCGACCAGAAGGUACUUAGAUCGGUUCAACGACGAAUGCUUGAAAAUCGACGGCUUAACCGACUCGGUGGCCAGUCUUUGCCUGACAAACGGCCUCCUCAACGAGAACUUCCGAAAACACCUUACCACGAAAUCGGUCUGGACAAUGCAUGAAAUCCAGACGGUGGCCAAGGAGUACAUAAACGACGAGGAAGUCACCCGAGUUGUGGCCGCCAACAAACGGCAGCCCAGCUACAAUCAAGCCCGACAACAGGGCAAUGGGGAAAGACCAAAGGGACAAACCAGAGAAGAGGCGCUGAGUAAGGCACCAAGGAUAUUCCCACGAGUCGGGAAAUUCACCAACUACACUCCGCUUAAUCUCCCCAUCGUGGAAGUCUACCAACAAAUAGCCGAGAAAGGAAUCCUGCCGAAGCCCCGACCACUCAAAGACCGCACCGGAGGGAACAAGAACCUUUAUUGUGAUUACCACAAGGGUUACGGUCACCUAACGCAGGAUUGUUUCGACCUGAAGGAUGCAUUGGAACAAGCGAUAAGGGAAGGUAAACUGGCGGCCUUCUCCCACCUGAUCAGGGAGCCAAGGAGGCGCUACCGCGACCAAGACGAGGAGGGCAAAACCCGUUCGGCAAAAAGGCGACAAGAGCCGGAAAGCGGAGAACACGGCCUCACGGUGAUAAACGUAGUGACGGCCAAAAACGCCGCACCAAGAUUCAAAUCCGCACAUAAGAAGGACACCAAGAUAUUGUCAAUCUCCUCCUCGACGACGCGAAGCUCCAAGAAACCUCCAUUCAUUUCUUUCGGUCCAGAGGACCAAUGGUUCGACGACGUCCCGGAAAACCCACCCAUGGUCAUAACGGCCAGAGUAGGGACCGGCCUCGUCAAGCGCAUCCUUGUCGACACAGGAGCAGAUUCUAACAUCAUGUUCCGCAACGUGUUCGAUGCGCUGGGAUUAAAAGAUGCCGAUCUGACGACUCACCAACACGGGGUGAUAGGAUUGGGCGACCACUUCAUCAAACCGGAUGGAAUGAUAUCCUUGCCAAUCUCAAUAGGGCAACCCCAGGACAGGAGGCGACGGUUGAGUUCGUGA